AUGCGGUUACCCGCCAAGAUAUCGGCGCUUUUGCCUCUGCUGAAGGUUACUGAUUUAGAACCUCCUUGCUUGGAGGACGGUCUUGAGUCAACGGGUGUUGAAGCCCCACCCAGGCCCGACCAACCUCAGUUCCUCCUUCAGCUAGACGAACUAAGGCCUCGGAAACUUACGCCCUCUUAUUUGUUCCCAAAGGGCACUUGCACAGAAUGUCAGUUUGCGACAUUCUUCUCGCUAAAAGGCGACCGGUUAUUCGCAGACGGAGAGCUAGUCGCUGCCAGCGAGGGUGCGCCAUACCAGCCGCUCCUUGAGACGCCGUGCGAAGGAGUCAUCGACAAUGGGUUCUCGCUCGAAGAGGGCGUCCUUCAGUGGCGGCAUCCGAGUUUUGCUGGCGGAAAAGCCAGCUUUUGCUUAUCGGCGUCGAACAAGGUCUUGGCUGUGUUCAACGAAUCAAGCAUUCCGAAUGACUGUGCACCGGCGAACCUUGUCAAUGUGCCAUCUGACGAUGCUGGGUCUCCUCAACGGGCUGCAGGAAGCGUAAGUGAUGGGUUUGAUGCUAGACCAGACUUCACCAAAUAUGGUUAUGGCAGCCCAGCUUCCGUUGGGACAGGUCAGCUGAGUCCUCCGGCUCCUAUUGACCACGGCAGCGACUACAACUAUAAUAACGUGGGAGUGGGUUCCACAAGACCACCGAACUCCGUUGGCUACGGAGGUAGCCAUAACUACAACAACGGGGGACCGGGAUCCACAACGCCCCCGAGCUCCGGCGGUUACGGAGGCAGCUACAAUUAUAAUAACGGGGGACGGGGCUCUACAACACCCCCAAGCUCCGUUGGCUACGGGGGCAACUACAACUACAACAAGGGGGGUUCGACAAUACCCCCGAGCUCCGAGGGCUACGGAGGCAGUCACAGCUAUAACACCGGACCCUCAGGUCCAGCAGGGGCCCCUGGACCUGAUGGAAGGCCUGGACCUGAUGGGAGGCCUGGACCUGAUGGAAGGGACGGUAGGAAUGGGGAAGAUGGCGAAGAUGGGGAAGAUGGUGAUGAUGGGAGAAAUGGCGAGGAUGGGGAAGAUGGCGAUGAUGGAAGAGAUGGAAGGGAUGGUAGGGAUGGUAGAGACGGGAGGGAUGGUGCCCAGGGACUUCCUGGGCCACCUGGUCCACCUGGUCCAGCCGGCCUCCCAGGUAUCAACGGAGAGAACGGUGCGCCUGGCCCUGAUGGUGCCGCUGGGCCUGCCGGUCCUCAAGGUGCUCCCGGCCCCGAUGGCGCUGCUGGACCUCAAGGCGCCGCUGGGCCUGCAGGUGUCGCUGGUCCCCAAGGUGCUCCCGGUCCCGAUGGUGCCGCUGGGCUUCCAGGUGCGCCUGGCCCUCAAGGUGUUGCUGGUCCUGCAGGUGUCGCUGGGCCUGCAGGUGCCGCUGGUCCCGAUGGCGCUGCCGGACCCGAUGGUCUUCCCGGUCCCGACGGUGCUCCCGGUCCUCAAGGCCCUAUCGGCGAACAAGGCCCUGUCGGUGACCAAGGCCCCAUCGGUCCCGAAGGUCCCCCUGGUCCCGGGGCAGCGGGUUUCACGAACCAGUACGGGUACCUCGGCUGCUACAUCGCGAGUACCGACGACAACUACGGACUCGAUCCAUACACUGCACAGGAGGUUGUCACGACCUCGAUCGACGACUGCGCCGACUACUGCUGGGGUUUGCCGACGGGCCCGACGCUGUACUUCACUCUGGGAACCGACACGGAUACGGGCAACUCCAUCUGCACUUGUGGCGAUCUGCUUGUUGCCUACAACUACCCAAACACCGGCCUCGAGUUCCAGUGCAAUACGCCAUGCAACUUCCCGGACGGCACGGCAACAGAACAAUUUUGCGGCGGAGAGUAUAAUGGGAUCCCUGUUGUUUCAACUUUCGGUGCUAUAUAG